AUGGGAGAACCACAAAAGUCGUGUUCGAUCUGGCCUGUCAUCUUGGCCAUCCUUUCAUUCAUUUCUGCGAGAACCCUGCUCCAUCUGCGGUUAUCCUCCUUCAAAGCACGCAACUCACGCCUCAGAGUAUCUACUACAUUGGCACGCUCCUGUUCUCGAGCGCGAAGGUCUUUGUUGUCUUGACGCAACAUCUUGAUCUCGUCAUCCACAUCAUCCCGAAGUACUUCGACAUCAUCUGUGCAGAUCUUGAUGCGAGGCUCCAUGGCACAGAGGCGGCCACUUCUCGUCCCAUUUCCGACACCGUCUUGGAAAUCAACUCUCCCUCUGUUGGGUACUUCUCUAACUCUGCAAUGGUUGACAUUCGUGAAAUUGUGCUUCUUCGUCACCAGAGUUCUCGUCUUUGCCACCCCCCAUUCUCAUCCUAUCUCUCUGCUUUUGUUCCUCGUUUUCGAUAUGAGCCUUCUUCUCCAUUUUCAACUGAUAUUUCUCCAUAACGUACAUCCUCACAACCUGCUCCAGCUCAUGGAACCGCAUAGGGAUACGAUUCAGAAGCAUACCAAGAAUGCGGUUUCCGGACUGAAGAGUUCCUGUGUAUCGGGCUAUGAUUGGCAUGAGGCCACCUGCACUAACGCUCCACGGCUGCCUCCCCGCGAGGACCACAAUGCCAGGCGCAAUAUCCCCACAAAGCGCCUUAACAAGCCUGGAGCGAUUUUGGCAGCUUUCAAUGCAGUCUCUUUAGCAAACGGGCUCAAAGCACAUGAGAGAUCUACUUACAUCGUGCUAAGUAUUUCCAUCAGCGCCAAGCUACGAUCUUCCACUAUGAAUGUCCUCGUUGCGGUAGCCACUGAACCUGGGACGCGGAUGCGAAAAUUGGAUCCACCAUGCAGGUCGCAGAACUAGGAUAGCCAACAAUAUUCAAU